UCUCUGUUGCUAUAGAGAUGAUCUCUGCUCUGCUUCGCCCUCCAGUCCGCUAGCGGCUGCUAGCGGACUAACGACGUUACACACGGAGGAAACAGGAACACACGGGGCGGUUUGGAACCAGAUAUCACGGCUGUAUUCUGCCGGAGUGCGAGUAAGAAAAUCCUCCAGGACAGCAGCGGGGAUUCGUCACUUUUAAGGCCGGGACUGGAGCUUCGACUGCCGGGGAGAGACGCUAACUCACGGGGUGGUUGUUUGGCCGGAGCGAGACAGGCAGAGAAAGAGAAGCAGGGGAGACAGAUGGAAAGAUGGAGACCCCAGUGUGAACAACUAUCUCCGCUAAGUUAAACAAACCUCGGCUUGGGUAAGCUAAGCUAGGAGACCUCCAGAACCAUGGCUGGGACGCUGUUCAAUUUAUCAUCCAACAGGCGCAUCGUCGCCGGCCUGCUGGUCAACCUGCUGUCCUCCAUCUGCAUUGUUUUUAUCAACAAGUGGAUCUACGUACACUAUGGCUUCCCCAACAUGACCUUGACCCUCGUUCACUUUGUGGUCACCUGGCUGGGACUCUACAUCUGUAACAAAAUGGACAUUUUCUCUCCAAAAAGCCUUCCCAUUCGCAGGAUUGUGUGGCUGGCUCUGAGCUUCUGUGGGUUCGUGGCCUUCACCAACCUUUCCCUGCAGAACAACUCAAUAGGAACGUACCAGCUGGCUAAAGCCAUGACCACACCCGUCAUCAUCCUCAUCCAGACCACCUACUACAAGAAGACCUUCUCCACCAAGAUUAAACUGACACUGGUGCCCAUCACAUUAGGGGUGAUAUUGAAUUCGUACUUUGACGUGAGGUUCAACCUGCUGGGGAUGGUGUUUGCAACGCUGGGCGUUUUGGUGACGUCGCUUUACCAAGUGUGGGUGGGAGCUAAACAACAUGAGCUCCAGGUGAACUCCAUGCAGCUUCUGUACUAUCAGGCUCCUCUGUCAUCGGGCUUCCUGCUCUGCGUCGUUCCCGUGUUUGAGCCGCUGACUGGAGACGGAGGAAUAUUUGGACCCUGGUCUCUACCUGCUCUGAUGACGGUGCUGUUCUCGGGUGUGGUGGCGUUCCUGGUCAACCUGUCCAUCUACUGGAUCAUUGGAAACACCUCGGCUGUCACCUACAACAUGUUUGGUCACUUUAAAUUCUGCAUCACUCUGAUUGGAGGGUACCUGCUCUUUCAUGACCCGCUGUCACUCAACCAGGCAUUGGGGAUCCUCUGCACUCUGGCAGGUAUCCUGUCUUACACUCACUUCAAGCUGAACGAACAGGAGGAGGGGAAGAGCCGCCUUGCUCAAAGACCGUAGGCUGACUUACCUGUCAGUCAACUGCACAGACUCCCGCCGUUGGCCACAGGCUGAAGACUCUUUAUAUAUAU